UCGGGGCGGGGCUUUACCGAACCUUACCGAGCCCGGAGCUAUGGCGGCGGCCGCUUAUGAGCUGCUGGUGCUGGGCGGGGGGUCCGGAGGGCUGGCGGGGGCCCGGCGGGCAGCGGAGCUGGGGGCCCGGGUGGCUUUGGUGGAGCCGGGGCGGCUCGGAGGCACCUGCGUCAAUGUUGGGUGUGUGCCAAAGAAGGUGAUGUGCAACGCGGCGAUCCACAUGGAGUUCAUCCAUGACCACGCUGACUAUGGCUUUGAAACCCCUGGAAUCAAGUUCAGCUGGAGAACAAUUAAAGAGAAGCGUGAUGCCUACGUGAGACGCCUGAAUGAGAUCUAUGAGAACAACAUGAAGAAGGCUAACAUCGACAUCAUUCGGGGCUAUGGCAAGUUCACUGCUGACCCCCAACCCACCAUUGAGGUGGAAGGGAAAAAGUACACAGCUCCUCACAUCCUGAUAGCCACAGGGGGCCAUCCCUCCGUCCCCCGCGACAGUGAAAUUCCUGGUGCCAGCCUGGGGAUAACCAGCGAUGGCUUCUUCGACCUGGAGGAGCUGCCCAAGCGCAGCGUUAUCGUGGGUGCCGGCUACAUCGCGGUGGAGCUGGUAGGGAUCCUGUCCAUCUUGGGAUCCAAGUCAUCCCUGCUGAUCCGUCAGGAUAAGGUCCUGAGGACCUUCGACUCCAUGAUCAGCUCCAACUGCACCCAGGAGCUGGAGAACACCGGGGUGGACGUCUGGAAGCACACGCAGGUCAAGACAGUCACCAAGUCCCCUUGUGGGUUGCUGGAUGUGACAGUGACCUCCUCGGUGCCAGGACGGAAGCCAACAGAAGGAGUGAUCCGGGAUGUGGAUUGCCUGCUGUGGGCUGUGGGGAGGGAGCCCAACACUGAGGAGCUGUGCCUGGACCAAGUGGGUGUGCAGGUGGAUGCCAAGGGCCAUGUGGUGGUGGACGAGUACCAGAACACCACCAGGAGAGGGGUCUAUGCUGUUGGGGAUGUCUGUGGGAAAGUCCUCCUCACCCCAGUGGCCAUUGCAGCUGGCAGGAAGCUGGCCCACAGGCUGUUUGAGGGCAAGCAGGACUCCAAGUUGGACUACCAUAACAUCCCCACUGUUGUCUUCAGCCACCCCCCCAUUGGCACCGUGGGCCUCACCGAAGACGAAGCUGUGGCCACGCACGGGAGGGAGAAUGUGAAGAUCUACACAACAUCAUUCACCCCCUUGUACCACGCUGUCACCCAGAGGAAGGUCAAGUGUGUCAUGAAACUGGUGUGCACUGGCAAGGAGGAGAAGGUGGUGGGGCUGCACAUGCAAGGGUUGGGCUGUGAUGAGAUACUGCAGGGCUUCGCCGUGGCCAUCAAAAUGGGGGCCACCAAGGCCGACCUGGACAACACCGUUGCCAUCCACCCCACGUCUGCUGAGGAGCUGGUGACACUGCGAUGAGGUGGGGGAGACCCAGGGACAGCAGAGCCGCCCAGGAAAAUGGGUUUUAUAUGUCUUAAACAACAACAAUAAAAAUAUGCCUUAA